AUGCUGCGCCACUUACUCUACUCCGAUGUGACCAUCCUCUCCGCCUUCCCCAUUUAAACCCUUUGGGCUCCAAUCGGCCAGCACAACCUGCCUCUUUCCGGAGAAGAAAGCCAGAAGGGGGAGAAAAUUUAGUGUUCACUUCUCGGUUGUUGAUAUAAUCGCAACUGAAGACGGAAACCGUCUUCUUUCAUUGGAAGCAAUGCGAACAAGAUUCAGCAAAAAUCUCAAGUCUUACUCUUGGCCUAGGUCAGUGGUGCCUAAAUGGCUAAAAGGUCAAGACUUGAAGUUCAACACAGAGUGCAAGUCUAAAAGUGCCAUUGAAUCCCAACAUAGAACGAAGAGCUUCUCCAAUAAAGACGAAACAUUCUUCGUUUCAAGAGAUGUAUCCGAACCGGAGUGGUUGGUGAACAGUUCCGAGACUCGCAGACUCGAAUCUUCCCCGUCUCAGAGCCUGAAAAUGUUCGUUGGAACUUGGAAUGUUGGCGGCCGAGCUCCCGACUCCGAUCUCAACCUCCACGACUGGCUAACUUUCUCUUCCUCUUCUCCGGCAGACUUAUUAGUCUUCGGGUUAGUUCUCCUCAAUCCUACUCGACAACAAUGGGGAAAAUAUUAUCGCCGGAAUCUAUCCCUACUUAAAUUUUCGGCCACCGGCAGGUUUCAGGAGAUCGUGCCACUAAAUGCCGGCAACGUCUUCGGCACUGAGAACAGAGUCCCCGCUGGCCAGUGGCUCUCCCUCAUAAGGCAGGCACUGAAUCCUCACAGAAACCAGCAGGAAGUCACGUCCAACCCGAUCUCCAUGGAAGAAGCCGCUGAACCGGCGCCGUGGAUCGGCGACGGAUCGGGCGGAGUCGGGAGAAAGGAUAGUUACCGACUGGUGGCCAGCAAGCAGAUGGUGGGGAUCUUCUUGUGCUUGUGGGUACGUGCGAGCUUAUUGCCACACGUGAGCAGCGUUCGGGUCUCGUGUGUAGGAAGGGGCAUAAUGGGAUACAUGGGAAAUAAGGGAUCGAUCUCCAUUAGCAUGACCUUAAAGGGAACAACCUUUUGUUUCGUAUGCACACAUUUGGCGUCCGGAGAGAAAGAGGGGGAUGAGGUAAGAAGAAACGCUGAUGUAAUGGAGAUAUUGAAGAAAACCAGGUUUAAUAAGUCCCGUAGCUUCUUCUCUGAUUCCCCUGACACUAUUCUGGAACACGAUAAAAUAUUGUGGUUGGGAGAUUUGAAUUAUCGGCUUGCAGCCUCGUGGGAUGAGAUGCUGGAAUUGUUAUUGGAGAAGGACUGGCGAGCGUUAUUAGAGUUGGAUCAGCUAAGAAAAGAGCAAACGGGGGGGCGUGUACUGCGCGGGUGGGAAGAAGGGAAAAUAAAUUUCCCCCCCACUUAUAAAUACGUAGCCAAUUCAGACUCCUACGCCGUUAGAACGGCUAAAACCGGUGGCAAACGCCGCGCUCCUGCCUGGUGCGAUCGCAUACUCUGGCGUGGAAAAGGAAUGAAGCAGCAAAGCUACCUUCGCGGCGAGACUCGUUUCUCUGAUCAUCGCCCCGUCUACGCUCUCUUCACCGUCGACCUCGACGGCUACUACGCUCCGGCGAGACCCUCCUCCGGCGGAACCUCGUCCGCGGCGUGGGGUAAGAUCCAGGCAGAAGAGAUGCUCUUGUUGACCAGAUCUCAGAGCUGCAUACAGACCGCGACCCGGUUCUGAUAGGUCGAAUGGGGAUCAGCUGAACCCAAUCGCCAUACCAUUGACUUCCUUUCUGGGGCUUUUUUCCCCUGAUAUAGCUGGCAAGAGAGGGAAAGAAACUUUAAAGAAGGCUAUGUGCGUUAUGGCCGCAUAUACUAACAAAAUUAUUUUCUUGCUUUCGCUCGCUGGACCUUCGUACUGAGGACUGAAAAUGGCUAGCUGGUUCAUAGGGAGAGAGAUCCAAGUGUAGGAGGCGGGGAGGAGAAUGAUUUCGUCACGAUCACGUGAUAGUUAGUAAUCAUGACCGUAGCUGCACUGUGCAUAGAAGGGCAAUUUUUUUGAUGUGGAUGAGAAGCGUGAAGCCUAAAGAAGCUUUAAAUUUUGUACAAAUGGUUUAGUGUACAUUUCUGAAGCGGGAUAUAUAUAACGAGCAUAUUUUUGUGCUGAUUUUUGGUUUUUAGUAUAAAAAUCUA